AGUGGUGCGUACUCUAACAAAGCUCUAGUGAGUCAGCUGUAUCAUAAUUUAUGCAGAUGAAGUAAUCUCGUUUGUUAUUGCUAUCGAUCAGACUACACCACGCAUGCUAUAACUAUCGUUAUGCACAAUUAAACUGACAUACAAGGGAAAGAGAAGGACGUGAGGGGAGAUAAUUUGAUCUGUGGUUCUACACCGGUUCUACACAUUUUGUCAGUACUAUUUUGAACAACGAAGCGGUCAGUGUAUUUCCUUUUUCGAAUUUAGCAGCUGAUGAUCACAAGUGAACACUGAAAUAGACAACGAUGGAUCUGGCAAACCGGCGACUGGUCGUCAUUUUGUUGGUGCUUUAUAACGUGGUGUCGCUAUGUCAGGCCCAAUACCAUGGAAAGCUUGUUGGUACCUUUACUGAUAAGUCAUCACAUGACAUAGCCGGGACAGUGUACGCAGAGGAUGACACCACUCUCAGAAUCAUCGGCUUCAGAUAUGACGGGGCUGGUCCAGAUGCUUUCAUUUGGGCUGGAGAAUCCGGGGUACCAUCGGAUGAUGGUUUCAUCAUACCCGAUGAAGAAGGAAGAACGGUAAAGCUUGAAGCGUAUGACAACGUAGAUAUCAGGGUGACCCUACCGGCAGGAAAAACUGUAUCGUCUCUUGCUUGGAUCUCAGUUUGGUGUCGAGAAUUUGGGGCAAAUUUCGGAGACCUGACUGUUCCCGCCAACUUCAUAGCCCCUGCCCUCUGAACCUGGGGACCCUCGGCUUCACACCUCGUGUGCACAACACAUAUGCGUCUGCUGUGAUCAUCUUGAACG